GCAGAAACGAAUGAGGAUGGCCCUACGCAUAGUUCAUAUACAGGUUAUAGCAUCCUCAUGGUGCAUGGUGGCUUUAGGGUUACGGAAAGGGGUGUUGGUCUUAAAUAAUGCUGUGCUACAAAAUUUAGAAAUUCCAAUAUUUCAGUAUACGUGUGACCUAAAACAGGUCAAAUAGUAGAUAAUAGAAAUCCAUUUAAACAAGUGAGUGAUAAUUAUAAUGUGUGUUCAUUUGAGUAACUAGCUGGGUAGGAGGCGUGUAACUAGGAUCACUUUGGGUGCCCAACAGUUUCUGACCCCUCAGUAAUUUUAGGUUCCCUUUAACCCAAGAGAACACCCCAUACUCCAGCUCCAUCCUAACAUUUGUGGCUCUAGUGACGGAGUCUGGGAUGGUACAACAUUUUAGAAUGUGUUGCUUUGAUUAAAUAGUUAGAAAAUGGGUUGAACCUUAAAAAUGGAAUUUACAGAGAACUAUAGGACGUUAUCUCUGGGAUCAACAGUUAACUCUAGGCACAACAUGUGUUUCAGCCAGGCACCCACUUUACAGCCAGUGAUAUCAGCAGGGGAUUUCGUCGGUUCCACAGAGCUCCCUGACUAACAAAUACACUGAUAAUGGCGCGGAGAGGACACACUACUACUGAAUGGGAAUCGCGCAGCCAUCCCAGUGCUGUGGAUUAGGAAAGCCAGAGCAGCCCGAAGGAAGUAUAGAUGAAGAAGAAAGUUUGGAGCAGUUAGUGAGAGAGCUUGCUGUACGGCAUGAGCCGCACUUGGAGCCCAGGGGAGACUGUGUCCUUGCUCAGUGGAGAGAGGACAGGGGGGCUGUUCCCACUGCAGCCUGUGUCUCCCUGUCCUUCUGCGGAAAUGACACACACGGAGUCCCGUCACGUCACGCGAGAGCGCACGGACACGCAGCACACAAAGACAUAGAGGCUCUUCGUGGGGCCGGGGAAGAGGAAAAAAAAACACGGCCCGGUGCUUAAGAUGAAGCCGGCAGCGGAGGAAUAUUAGUGGCGUGGCCACCACGCCGCUGGAGAACUUUGCAGCAGCUGUAGUGGGGCUCAAGCACUGGGAUCCCGACUUUCUCUCGGGGAGGUAUGAAAAUGAACCCUACUGAACUCAGAGAAGAUAAUAAUAAUGAUGAGGAUGAUACAAAAGUCACUUUUGUGAAAGUGGAGGCAUGCCAUGAAGAUGAUUUGCUUGUCUGUUCAGCUGUUGUAUCUGGAAGGAAGCAUUUGUCAGAUUGCACAUUUGUUGGACAGCCUGAGCCCAACAAGCGAAAACAAACCUCUCUUACUUAUGAUGGUCACUUGAGUGAGCCUGAAACUAUAACAACUGUCAAAAAAAGGCGACUUAUUCCAGAGAGCCUUCUUUCAACCAUGAGAAACAAAGACUGUGGUUCGGCAUCUCAGUCUAAUGCAGACUUAUCAAGUACAAAUUCAGAUUAUAGUACUACUUCUCAGUGUGAAGGGGAAGAACAUGUAAGUGAAUUUGCUUCAUCAUAUAAGAAACCUUUAUAUGGAAUUUCACAUAAAAUAACAGAGAAAAAGAAUCCAGUUACCUCAGAUCUACUGGCCUCGUAUGAACUUUAUGACAAGGCAAACCAAGGUAGUCCUUCAAGCGUACGUAUUUUCAAUGACAUGCGUAAACGCAACUCUUCUCCAGCUUUACUGACAUCAUCAGCCAAUGAGGAAUCAAACAUCUACUCUCUAAUACAAAAAAUGUUUUUCACCCUGAACACUCUAAAUUCUAAUAUGUCCCAGCUGCAUAGCAAAGUUGACCUUUUGUCACUGGAGGUGAGUCGAAUAAAGAAAAAAGUCAGUCCCCAAGAGUUAGUGGCAGAGUUUCAGCCACCCCCAGAGUACCAGCUAACUAGCAUGGAGCUGAAGCAGGUGAUGGAUCAGAGUAGCUCUGCUGGUGAUUUGGCAUGCCGGUUAUUGGUACAGCUUUUUCCAGAGCUUUUUGGAAGUGAAGGUUAUUCCAGGAACUGCAGCACCUGUGGCUAUAUUAACAAGACUAAACUUGAAUCUCUUCACUUGCAACUUAUCCGAAAUUAUGUUGAAGUCUGCUAUCCUUCUGUAAAAAAUACGGGUAUCUGGCAGGUGGAAUGUUUGCCUCAGCUUAAUGACUUUUUCAAUCGGUUUUGGGCUCAGAGAGAAAUGGAAGUCAGCCGGCAGAAUAUGCAGUCCUCCAGUUUCUUUGAAUGCCAAUCUGAUCCAACUUCUCACUUAAUUGAAAGUAAAGAAGAAGAGGAAAAUUCUUCUCUUGAUAGAAAUGAUUCUAUUAUCUCAGAAUAUGCUCUAAAUCCCCAAGAUCUCAAUGAGUUUUUAGAUGAAGCUUCUUCUCCUGGUGAAUUUGCUGUGUUUUUGUUUCACCGGCUGUUUUCUGAAAUUUUAGACCAAAGAAAGCUUUCUGAUCACUGUACCAGGGAUCCUGAGAAUCUUGUUUUAGAUCCCCAUCGCUUGCAACUUAUUCGCCAGUAUACAGAAAUUUACUUUCCAGAUGUGCAAGAGGAAGACGUUUGGUUGCAGCAGUGUGUGCAAAGGAUUAAUGAUGAGUUGGAAAGUGUGUUAAUAGAUGGCAGUGAAUGCGAUGACAUGGGGGAUGAUUGUUAUGACUCCUCUAGCUUGCCUGACGACUUGUCUAUUGUAAAAGUAGAAGAUGGCGUUGAUUCUGAAAAACCUGGAAGAAGGUCCAAAAAGAUAUGGCUUGUGCCAUUUGACUUUGACAAAAUUGACAUUCCACCUCCUGACUUUGAAGUUCCAUUUCCACAAUUUCUUCUCAGCAAGGAACAGCUUAAAAACAUAUAUGAGAGCAGCUUGUCUAUUGGAAAUUUUGCCUCACGCUUGUUAGUUCAUUUGUUUCCAGAACUCUUCACUCAUGACAAUUUGAGGAAGCAAUAUAACUGCAGUGGUUCUCUUGGAAAGAAACCGCUUGAUCCCAUUCGCGUAAAUCUUAUCAGACAUUAUGUACAAAUAUUAUACCCAAGAGCAAAAAAUGACCGGGUUUGGACACUAGAAUUCGUGGGCAAGUUGGAUGAGCGGUGUCGUCGUAGGGAUACUGAGCAGAGGCGCUGUUACCAGCAGCAGAGGAAGGUUUAUGUGGCUGUGCCAGAAAGGAGAGACUUUGUACCUUUUGAGCUAAACCCAGAGAGAUUUAGGGAUCUCAUUGAUGUACCACCUUUGCCUCCAGAACGUAGCUCAAAAGACUUUUGUAAAAUACCUUUGGAUAAGAUUCUUAUCCCUUCACCUGAAUUUCCAGUGCCUUCAAUAUAUCUCCUGAAUGAUAAAGAAAUCAGGGACAUAGUACAGCAGAGCCUCUCUGUUGGAAACUUUGCUGCCAGGCUUCUAGUGAGACUCUUUCCUGAGCUCUUUACUCCAGAAAAUCUUAGGCUGCAGUACAAUCACUCUGGUGCUUGCAACAAAAAGCAGCUUGAUCCUGUAAGACUUAGGCUGAUCCGGCACUAUGUAGAGGCUGUUUACCCUGUGGACAAGAUGGAAGAAGUAUGGCAUUAUGAAUGUAUUCCAAGUAUUGAUGAAAGGUGUCGGAGGCCAAAUAGAAAGAAAUGUGAUAUACUUAAAAAAGCUAAGAAAGCAAAAAAGAAUACCUAAUCAAACAUUAGUAAAUUAUUAGUGUGACAUGUAGACAGGUAAAUAUUGUUACAUUUUUCUAGUUCCUUUCUCACAAAAUGUGUGUAUGUCAUAUGCAGAAAUGUGAGAUUGACUGCAAAUUUGCACUCAUCUGGGAAAACAUCCCAUAUUAUUCACUGGUAAUGUUUAUUGCUGUAUCACUUUUUUAAUCUUUAUAUUUUAAUGCAAAAUGCUUUCCUGUGUUUUUUCCUCUACCCCCCAAAAAGGUCAUAAAAUAUAUAUAUAUUUUUUUUUUUUACUUCAGGUUGUUUUACAGUCCCCUCUGGUGCCGACAUGAAAAUUUUCUAUAUAUUUAGUUUUUUUAUAUUAAUGUAGUUACAUACACUGUAAAAGUAGAGCUUGCCAGGUGCACAUCAUAUAACAGAUCACCCAGUGUCGUUCCAUGAGAACAUAUAAUGCAUGAAAAUUAUGCUUGUGCUAGUAAAGUUCCUUCAUAUGCAAGAAAUGCUGUAAUUAAUCAAGGUAUGAUCAGAGACUUGGGCAUCUAUAAAAACACGAGACAGAAUUUUCUUUUUAAUUUGACUGCAUUUAAUGAAUAAAUAGACUCAGGGUGUUAAAGUGGACCUGUCACCCAGACACAAAAAUCUGUAUAAUAAAAGUCCUUUUCAAAUUAAACAUGAAAU